GUGGUUUACUAACUCCGGAUACGUGACAUGUUUGAUUCCCAAAACAGGAGAAACCAACAUUAGCAGAACAAAUAUAACAAAGAAGAACAGAAACACUAAACAAGAAACUGCAUCAGAAACAACAGCCGUAGGAGAGAAAAUAAGUACGAAACUGUUGAUACUUGUUGAAACAGACGCUUUGUCUGACAGAUAUUUCGAAGUAAUCGCGGAACAGUCAAUAUGCUUUAAGCUAAUAAUGAAGUUUUAACUUGCUAAAAUCACGUUAUGUCACUAAAACAGUCUUAUGAGAAGUGAUGGGUGUGUGGGAUCUCUAAUUAGCGUGUUAAACAGCUCACGGGGCUUUAGAGAGACAUGUUUUGGUUAGCUCAGUGAGCCUUUUGGCAUCAUUUUCUUCCUCUUAACAUUGGGUUUGUGCUCUUCAGCUACAAUUCUUCGUUUCUGAAAAUGUCUGAAAGAUGAGAGACUUAGGUCCAGAUUUAGAGACGCGUCCCUGGUGGAAGUGAGAAGGCAAAAGUUUUAUUAUUUAACCCACUUCAGUCGUAUUCUAUUAACAUCUUUCAAAAUAUAUGUGCAAGGAUUUUCUUAUAAUGUGGGACCGUCAAAGUUUCAUGUGACCUCUUUAUGUUUUUGUUACUCCAGGUGACAUGCUUCCCAGCAGGUGGAGGUUUGGCUGGGACAGGUACACUGAGGUGGACCUCUUCACAGACAGAGAUGAGUCCAACGUGGAGACUCUUUCUCAGGCCAUCAGAGCUGCCGUAUCUGAGGAGCCGGACGCAGACGGCAGUGUGCAGUUUGGGAGUCUGCAAGGCACUGUGGUGGGCCUCAGAUAUUACACUGGAGUGGUGAGAAUCAAUCAGAAUCCCCUUUAAUCACCAAUUGGAGUGAUGUACUUAAAUACAAUCAAGUGCAGAUGUGUUUAGAGACACCUGAAGUUGUCUGUUUCUGACUCUCUGGACAGGUAAAUCGAGGAGAAAUGGUUGGGUUGGUGCGUGAGCCUCAGAAUCCAUAUGACCGCAAUGCAGUGAUGGUAGCCAACGUUUAUGGCAACCAGGUGGGCCACAUCAAGAAGGAGCUGGCAGCAGCAAUGGCCUACAUCAUGGACAAGAACUUGGCAAAAGUAGAGGGGUGAGUAGAAUAGAAAUUGACAUUGAUAUGUUCUUGCAGUCUCCACAUAUUCACUAUUUUUUCAGCAUUCAAGGAAAGUCAGUGAUCAUUGUGUGUUUUGUGUUUACUGUGUCAGGGUGGUGCAUACAGGCACAAAUAACAAAUUCAGCAUGCCGGUGAUGCUCUCCUUCUGGGGGAAAGAAGAGAACAAAAAGGCUGUGAUUGAAAGCAUGGCACGCCGUGGAUAUAAACUGGACAUGAGUGGGAAACUAUUUGGUACAAACCUUCUCUUCCUGCUGGCCUAUCACAUUAACUGUUUAACGAAGGCUGUUGAAUCAGUUUUCUAACACUCUCAAAAACGUCACUGACUGUUUAUCGACUGUGUGCUUGUGUUUGAUUCCAGGGGCGAACUACAAAUCAGAUUACAGUCAAUCUGCUCGCGCACUGGCAUCUAAAAAAGGUUUGACCACCGCUCUAACUGCAGAAGAGGUAAUCUUCUCACUCUUAGUCCAAGUUUAAUUUAUCAUUUAAGUUUUUUAGUGAAGAUUUAAUCGAAUAUUUGGUGUUUAUGUUGCCUUUUCAACACUUUUUUUUCCCUUCAGCUGAAAAAUGCUUUUGACAACCUGUUUGAAGGCUUGACGGAGAGCAAAGAUGGAGAGAAAGAAGCUGCGAAGGUGAAUAUAGGACGUGUUUGUUCUGAUCUUAUCGUCUCACUUAGUUUUACUUUGUAUUGUUGCAGUAAUUUGAUCAGUGAGUAAUUGUUUGUUCUGGAUAUUGUGAGAUAUUUUAUGGGUAUAGGGGGGUACCAACCGGAGCUACCCAGUUAUUAGACUCUUCCAACUAUGAGUCUAUUACUAGUAGCUGAUGGUUUCUAGAUGAUCUCCUUUCUUUUUGCAGAUUUUGGAUAAUCUAUCCUGAAGUAGUUGUCCACAAAGUUGUGUAUUUCUGUCGGUGUCUCAGUGCUGUGCCACCAUCUCUCUCUGCAGUCUGUGGGCACUCCUCUCCUGCCGCACCAGAAGCAGGCGCUGUCCUGGAUGUGUGCUCGAGAAAACAAGUCUGGACUGCCGCCAUUCUGGGAGAAGAGAGGGGAUCUGUACUAUAACAGCCUGACAUGUUUCUCUGCCAGAGAAAUACCAGAGAGGGUUCGAGGGGGCAUCCUGGCUGAUGACAUGGGACUGGUUAGUGUAAAUAUAAGGGCCCGACCGAUUUAUCGUCGAGCCGAUUAAAUAGGCCAAUUUUUGCCCGUUUGAGACUAAUCGGUGAUCGGCCAAAACUCGGUAAAUAUACAUGAAAACAUACACGGUCGCAUUAGUUUCACACAUUUCUGACUGAAAACUUGAGGUACUCAUCAGUUGUAGUCGUAGACUUUGGCAUUUCAAAUAAAAUAUAUAAAUAUAUAAAAUAUAUCUGUUCAAUUUAUAUAAGCAUGUUAAUGUGAUAUUAUCUCCACUUUUAAGAUGUAAAGAUUAGUAAAAAAAAAUCAACACAUUUUAGAGGUAGAGCAGUAAGAUAUCUCAACACUGCUACUAUUUAAGCAUCAACACUAAAACCACUGUUUCUGUGUCCCAGGGAAAAACUCUGACCACCAUCGCUCUGAUCCUCACCAACUUUCACAAAGGAAAGCCUCUGCCUGUGGAGAAAUGUGUAAGUAGUGUUGGUGUAAAAACGUAGUUUUCAAUAAACGUGUUGACUUGAAUUCAACAGUUUUCAAGUGUUUGUUUACAUGUUUGCAGGAGGAGCAGUCGUCACCUCUCAAAGCCAAAAGUAAACCACACGUGGCCUCCAAACAAGAAGGUUCAGUGAAUAAGCUGCAGAUGUAAAUAUUUGACUGAAACGGGAGAAGAUCACUCAUGAUGAUGUGUUGUUGUUUUUUUUCAGGAGGCAGCAGUGCAGGACUCAGUGAUGGAGCUGCAAGUUUGAUGCAACCAGAUCUGUAAGAAGCAGAUCUUUAUUUGUUUAAGUGGGAUUUUAUGUAUCGGGCUGCUCAGCUCAGCUCCCUCUGUUGAUAAACUGACCAAAACCAACAUGUAAGCUAGGCUCUGAAUUCCAUCAUGUGAUUCAGCUGAUUGUAGGAAAAAAAUGUCAAAAUUUUCAAACUCAAACCUUUUUAAAGCUCCUAUAAGGAACUUUUUUACGUCCAUGAGCUUGACCAAAAGCGAACAAGACCAUCAGCAACAGGAUUGAUCAUUUUGAUGCUAUAAUUUUUAAUGCAAGAAAUCAGAGUGAAGGGGUAGGUGUCAUAAAAUGUUCUCAGUUCAACUGUCUAAAGUCAGCUGAGGUAUUUUUGUCAAAACUUACAACUUCAGCAUGUAGAAGACAAGAAAAGAAAGAAGUGCUUUGUCCACAGAGUGACCAGGAGGUGAGUUCCUCUAACAUAUUGUGAUGUCCUCUUUGUAUCAGAUAUAAGUUGGAGACGAUGGCUGCUAAUUUGUCAGAUGUGGUGGAAGAGGCGGUCAAUUCAGAUACAGGUAAAAAUCUUUUUUUUUCUGAUUGUAUAUACAGCUCCAAUCACUGUUUUUUACUUUUUCUAUCCUGUUUCAUUGUCAACAAACAUUUUUCUCGACCUCUCCGCACAGCCAAGAGCAAAGAAGAAAAGAAAGCCACCAAACGAAAGCAAGGUGAAGAUAAAGGCCAUGAAGACUGUAUUUUAAUUUUUCUCAUACAUCACAAUUUGAAAACAUUGAUCUCUACAUUUAAUGUGCAGAGGCCCCAGUGUUGCUGGAGGAUCUGGACUUCGCCGCGGCGCUGGGAGGCUCAGCUCCAGAUCAAAGCGCUAAGAAGAAGAAGAAAACAGCUAAAAAGGCCGCUCCCACACCAGGUAAGGUCUGACGCUACUUUUUAGUUUUCUUCAUCACUUUUUGUGCUGAAUGAUGUUUAUUUUUUAAUUCUCAGGUGUAGGAUCGUCCAUCCCUGAGAGUGCAGAAGACUUAUCGGCCAGAGCGACUCUCAUCAUUGCUCCGCUUUCUGUGCUGAGCAACUGGCUGGUAGGAACACAAGGAGAACCAGACACCAUUGAAAAGAGAAUCAAACCACCUCUCCACCUUUUAAGUUGUCUUGUGUCCUGUUUCCCUUCUCCUGUUUUUGUCCAGGACCAGUUGGAGCAACACGUGCGUCCCGAUGUGAAGCUAAACGUCUACCUGUAUUACGGCUCUGAGCGCAACAGAAGCAAGAAGUUCCUGUCCUCUCAGGACGUGGUGAUCACCACCUACAACGUCCUCUCUUCAGACUUUGGGGUGAGCUCAGAGAGGUCACAUGCGAUCUGAGGUCUGAUUCUGUGAGCUGAGCCAGAGGGCUUACUCAGAACAGAGGGAGUCAGGUAAAAUAAGACGUUUUUAGAGCUCCCUCUGGUGAGUGGCUCCAGUGUAAAUCUGUCAUAACAGGUCCAGACAUGUCAAAGAAAAUAAAAGUUCACAACUGAGGGAGCAUGAGGAACAGAUAUCGAGAUUAAUGUAGGGUCAGAGGAAGUUUCUUCUUUAAAAUAUCAUUUGUUUGUUACCUUUUCAGAAUAAGAGUCCCCUGCAUGGUAUCAAUUGGCUGAGGGUGGUUCUGGAUGAAGGGCACAUCAUAAGAAACUCCAAUGCGAAGAUGAGUAAGUCUGUGCUGGACCUCAAAGCUCAACGGCGCUGGAUUUUAUCAGGUAUACCUGCAUUUAAACAUGAGUUCAACUUUUACUCAAUGAAAAUAUCAGAUUUCACAUCAAUAUGAUAUUAUAUCACAGAAGUACGUUUCUCUGAACCCCUUCUGUUCAGGUACUCCUAUCCAGAACCAUGUGAAGGACCUGUGGAUGCUGCUGGCUUUCCUACGUCUGAAGCCCUUCGAUGUGAAGGAUUGGUGGAACCGAGUGAUACAGAGACCCGCCAUUCAAGGAGACAGGGUCGGCCUGCAGUGAGUGCUCACUGAUUCAUUUAUAACACAGCUGCAAUGAAGCAGUACACUCCAGAGGGCGCUGUUUACUUUUAAAUAUGAAGACACAGCUGGUCAGGAAAGAGGUUCAGUUUGUGUGGAAUUACAGCUGAGAUGUAAUAUCAUUCAAAUCUCGCAAUUUUCUCUCUUCGUACAUCUUUUGCAUUUUCCUCUAUCCUGGAAAAAUAAAAUAUAAAAUAAAUAAAUGAAUAUUAAAUUAUUAAAUUAAAUUAUUAAAGUAUUAAAUUAAAUAAAUAAUAUAAAAUUAUUUAUAUAUAUAUAUAUAUAUAUAUAUAUAUAUAUAUAUAUAUAUAAAAUAAAAAAUAAAAAAAUGAAUAUUAAAUUAUUAAAGUAUUAAAUUAAAUAAAUAAUAUAAAAUUAUUUAUAUAUAAAUAUAUAUACAUAUAUAUAUAAAAUUUAAAAAAAUCCCAAAAAUUUGAUUAUUGUUACCGUGCAGGAACCUUCAGACCCUGGUGAAGUGCAUCACCCUGAGGCGGACCAAGAGCAGUGAAGUCAACGGGCGCCCCCUGGUGUCUCUGCCUGAGAAGACAGUGUGUGUGGAGCAGGUCGAGCUGAGCCAGGCUGAGAGAGAAGAGUACGAACUGGCACGCAAAGAGGGAAGGAGCACCAUCAGCAGGUACGCGGUUUAUUUAUGUAGUGUGUGUGUGGACGAGGUCUUACUCUCUACUGUGCUUUAGAUACUUCUGGAUCCUUAAAAUCGUGUUACUGUGUUUCCACCUGCAGAUAUGUAGCUGAAGAGACAGUUUUGAGGAAUUACGCCGAUGUGUUGGUCAUCCUAAUGAAGCUCCGGCUGCACUGCUGCCACUCUGAUCUGCUGGCGAAGAUCACCUCCGACCUGGGUAAAACCCUUGAUAAGUACUGACUGGAUCACAUUGUGUUUUGAGGUCUGAUUUAAAUAAAUGACCCAAUAACAAGUUUAAAAAAUAUAUUUUUGCAUUAAUGGAUGUUAACUAAGUCUACAAUUAGCUUGAAGUUAAAAUAUCUAGUGUUGUAUUUGAUUGUUCUAACAGCAAAGUGACAUUCGUGAUCAUAUAACCUUUACAUUAGUGAUGACAGUUUGAUUAAAACUCAAAGGUAUAUAUACUUUGUGUCUUCAGUUCUACUUUUUUAGUUGUGUCUUUUCUGUCUCAUAUAAAUGUCCUAAAAUAAUCAUGUAGGUGCUUCAGCAACACCCGCCGAGCUGCGGGAGCGCCUGAUAGAAAAGCUGCGCCUGGUGCUGGCCAGCGGCUCGGAUGAAGAGUGCUCCGUGUGUCUGUGCUCAGUCCAUCUGCCGGUCAUCACGCACUGCGCCCACGUUUACUGCCGGCCGUGCAUCGCCCAGGUUAUCAGCACAGAGCAGGUGAACACUCUGAAUGAAGAAAAGACCUGUAAUAUAAAAGGCUUAAACACAUAUUCACAUAUUUCUCUCAGGCGCUAAACGCUGAUGUGCAAAAGCAGCUUCCUUGUUGGCACAGAGAUAGGACCGAUUUGCACCACCGUGCAUGGGAAAACUGGUUCCUUUCCUCCAGCUUCCUCAUGCUUUACUGUGGUUUUGCUUUAGUGUUGUAGAGUCAAGUCACACAUGAAAUGUGAGAAAGUGAAAAUAACACUUUAACUUUAACACACCACUUGGAGACACACUGUCGUAACCACUGCAGCACUUCAAGUUGUCUCUUCCUGUUUGGGGUCAGAUCCUGGGUCGUGUGUGUGCGUAUUAGUGUGUGUUCUUCUGAAGUGGUGUUUUUCCGCCUCUGCAUUUAUCUGCACUGCAGAUAUUAAGGCAGCCAAUCGGUGCAUCGAUUUAUCCUCAUAAUAGAUGAUAAGGCUGAAAACUGAGAGGCUGCAGAUCCUCCCAGAGGCUGUUGUUUUUUUUAAGUUGAAGACCUCUGAAUCACUUUUCACUACCAUACCAAUAAUUAUAAAUCUGCCCUAAUAUAACAGUCUGUCUUUCUCUGUGUGUGGUCUGUCGUAGGAAAGAGCUCGCUGCCCUCUCUGUCGGACUGAGAUCAAGACCAGUGAACUGGUGGAAUUCCCACAGGAGGAAGAGGAGGAAGGGAAAAGUGUAAACUCAGGGAAUUGGAAGAAGAGCUCAAAGGUAAAUCACACUGAAGCUGCUGAUGAAAAAUGAAGAAAAGAUGGAAAGUUACUUGUGCACCAAAAAUUCAACAGUGGUUGCGCAUGAGCUCAUCUGAUCCUGAUCAUUUUUGUAAAUCUUUCCUUUUUUUUUUUUUUUGUGAUCAAUUUUUUAUUUUGUUUUAAUUCAUUAGAUUUCCGUUUAUCCACACCCCUUGCCCCCGACCUUGUCCAAAAAAAAAAAAAUAAAUAAAAAAUAAUAAAAAAAUCUUUUAUUAUAAAAAUAAAUAUAAGUGUGUCUAAAUACUAUAAACUAAGUAGUUUUCUUUGGUGGUGUGACAGUUAUGGACAGAGGGCAUGUGUACCAUCUUGGUUCUGGUUUCAACCCUCUUUUUGCCUCUGCAGGUGCAGGCCCUGAUGGGGAACCUGCUCAGACUGCGAUGUGAAGACAGCAGCGUUAAGUGCUUGGUUGUCUCUCAGUUUACACGCUUCCUCACUAUCCUGGAAUCUCCUCUCAGGUAAAAAAAAAAACAGUGCGCUAGCAUCGGUUUAACUCUAAUUGUUAUUAUUUAUUUAUUAUUUGUAUUUUUCCCCUCCUCUUCACCAGAGAACAUGGUUUCAGUUUUGUGCGUCUCGACGGCACCAUGACCCAAAAGAGGAGGACUCAGGUCAUCAAAGAGUUCCAGAGCUCAGACCCUGACAGCCCCACUAUAAUGCUGCUGUCACUCAAAGCUGGAGGGGUGGGGCUUAACUUGACCGCUGCCUCUCAUGUUUACCUCAUGGAUCCUGUAAGUUCUGAUUUAGAUCAGGAUUGAGACGCUAUCACAUCCCCGAAAAGAGUAACUGCCUUAGAUGUUGGCUGCAAGAAGCUCAAGUUAACCAACAACCGCUGUCGUAGUUUGACUAUUUUAUGACAGUUUAAGACACUGUACGUAAGGACAAUUGUAAAAACAGAUGGACUUUAAGAGAAAAAAUGUUUAAAGCUGCUUGUUCACUUGCUGUUUUGUCUGUUUUAGGCCUGGAAUCCUGCAGCCGAGGAGCAGUGUAUCGACCGCUGCCACCGUCUGGGUCAGAAGAGGAAAGUUGUCGUGACCAAGGUCAGAAAACUUUUCUGUUUCUGUUUCAAAAUAUCACAUUUUGGAUUAUUUUUCUUUAUGUCUGUAUUUGAUUAUUUGUUUGUUUUCUGUUGGUUUUAGUUCAUCGUGAAGGAUUCGGUGGAAGAGAACAUGGUGAAGAUCCAGAGGCAGAAGCAGGACCUGGUAGAGAAGGCUUUUGGAUCCACAAACACUGAUCGGAAAACGUCUCGCAUUGAUGAAAUCAAAGCUCUGUUGGAGCUGUAGAUGAUUUCCAGGGGACUUAUAAAACCCUGAGACCAUGACCAAGAGGUUUUAUUUCAAACACUUGACUGAGUUCUUUUCAGGGGGCAGCUCAGAGACUUUGUGCACAUGAUGUUUUGUUCAUAUUGUUAAUAAUUUGUUCAGAGUUUUGCAUCAAAAGUCUUAAUUUCUUUAUAUUUGUUAACGUCGUGCUGCAGUUCAGGCUACAGGAUUUGCUGAAUGGCGAGCUCUCUUCGUUUUCUUCAUUCGAUGUGACGCAAUGAGCUGGUUUGGCAUUACUAGUUCCAACAAAUCUGCACAUUUUGAAAUGAAAACAAAGAAGUCCAAAAAACUGUUGUCCACUUGAGAGCGGCCCGAAAGACUGAUCCCAUCAGUGCCCUCAUUUAGACGUACAAUAUCUUUAAUCUGGGGUGUUUACUAACCUCCUGAACCUUUUGCCAACCACAGAAAUUUCCACAGGUUUUUGUCUAUGAUUCAGCAGCACAUCUUUAUAUCUGUCAGUAUUUCCAAUCACCUGUUCAGAGACUUAUAGUUGACCUCUGAGACUGUCCAUGUUUUGUACAGUCUGGUUAUAACCCUUAGGUUAUGGUCUUCUGUUGUGUGUUGGAUGUUUUUCUGCCAUGUGUAGUUUCUGUAUUUGACCGAUCACAAAGCAGCGUUCAGAACAUCAGUCUGCAAACAAAGAAUAAAUGCUUCUGCAUGUUUUCAUA